UACAAAACCUAAAUGGCCCGUGUGCAUUCAAACCAGUUCUGACCCCAGAGAGGGAGGGACUUCCCCCUUCACCCAAUUGCCCUGCCCAAAAACCGGCAGCAAAAACAGUAAGGACUCUGAGGAAACUAAGACAAUGAUGCCGAGCUACAGAUUUCACGAGCGGACAAAAGAAAACUGAAAGACGAAGGAAUCCAUGUGAUGAAGAGGACCAGGAAAGCGUUGAUAAUGUGAGUGUGAUAUUUUCAUCACAGAACUUCAUUAGCUUCAGAGGGAAGGCAGCGUGUGCAUAAGAGAUAACACCAACUCCCUGUCUGUGUUCAAUCAUCUGCCGCCAUUUGAGGGGCGUGAUGGACCAACCUCUCAUCUUGCAAGUGCUCCUAUUUCUCUGCUCCAUCAAUGUUGCUGUCUGGGCGUGUCCGGAUGGAUGCCGAUGUAAGGGAGAAGAAAUGAUAUGCAGUGGUUUAUCAAAUGUUCCCCCUAUGCCGCCAUCAUCAACUGCCCUCUUCCUCUCCAAAUUAAACAUCUACUCUUUGAAAGCAGAGGAUCUUUCUUCGGCCUCACAUGCAAUAUUCAUUGCGAUUGAUAACACUACUUUGAGUGAGGUUCAACCCGGCACAUUUGAUUCCUCUGUAAACCUCAAGGCCCUAAGAAUUACUGGAACACAAUUGCAAGAUCUCCCGGAGACUUUGUUCCAAAAUCUUCAUGGACUUACAACUUUGAAUCUAAACAGAAACAAGUUUGCGGCACUUCGUCCAAAAUGGUUCUCUCCAAUCAAAAUGCUUACUGCCCUUGAUGUCACUGGAAAUCAACUGACCUUAAUACCCAUGGAAACCUUUCACCCCUUGACUGAGUUGGAGUACCUUUUGCUUGCAAGAAAUGCUAUCAGUCAGUUACCUAGUGAGGCAUUCAAAGGGCUUUUAAAGCUGAAAUAUCUUCGACUAAAUAAAAAUGCGCUUCAAGAAAUACCCAGUGGAAGUUUCGAUGACCUCGGGAACCUGGAGGAACUAUCCCUACAGGACAAUCGUAUUACUCAUCUCCAGCAUGACUUGUUCUCAAAAACUCCCAAACUCACAAAGCUGUUCCUCUCCAACAACCAACUGAGGACUCUUCCACAGGGACUCUUCUUUCACGUACCUCUGCUUGCCCAGAUCUCCUUGUAUGAAAACCAUCUGGAAAGCUUUGGUCCAGGUGUGUUUGGUCCCACGGCCAUUCAAGAAUUGUGGCUCUAUAAAAAUAAACUGAGCCGUAUAGAGGCUGAUACCUUUAAAAAUCUCACACAACUGCGUCUCCUGGUGCUCAGUCACAACCGGAUUAGCUAUGUAUCGCCUGGAUCCUUUCGAGGGUUGGAACAGCUUGGUGAAGUAUCACUUCACACAAAUUUGCUGAAAACAUUGCAAGCCGGGACAUUCCAAGGUCUCCCCAGCCUUGUCAACAUCUCUUUGGAGCACAAUUUUAUCAAUCAUCUGCCUGGUGGUUUUCUCCAGGGCUUGAGUCACCUGGGGCAGAUCGACUUGAGAAAUAACACUCUCACAAACCUGCCACAGCAAGAUCUAGAUGCCAUUUCUGUGGCAGAAGAGAUACUUCUUCAGCAGAACCCCUGGAGGUGUGACAUGGAUAUUCUGCCUCUUCGCAACUGGCUGAGAAAGCACCCAUCCAAGGCCAACCAAACACUAGUGGUUUGCGAUACCCCUCUCAAUCUGAAUGGGGAGGUGAUUACUGGACUCACAGAAGAGGACUUGGAGAUACAGAGUUUCGCGCAGCAGACACCGCUGACCCCAACGGAGAGGAGAAGGAGACCAAACACCCCACCUGCUAUCAAGACAACUUCUUCAUCCGAGUAUGAAGUCACAAACGGUGGACAGCAGGAGGAGGGUCACAUUCCCAACCAUACUUCCAUCAUCCUCAUUGUCAUCACGGUCAUUGCGACAGUUAUCAUAAGUGCUACCAUCAUUGGCUGUCUCUGCUGGAGGAGGAACAAGAAAGGACAAGGGCAUAUAGGCCGCAGGAGCAGGAACUCCGUGCUGUAAAUGAGACCACGGGUUAAAGUGAACUAUUCUGAUUUAGGCCCUGUAUGCGCUUUCUAUUUAUAUGUACGUAUCUACAAGUGACUUAGCCAUUAUGACUGUGUUCACAUUUGAGUUGAGCCAACAGUCGCUGACAUCCAAAAUACGCAAAAGCAAUUACAGGGGGUCUUUGGUUUACAAUGGAGUUCUUGUACCUACAGAGACGACAUAACCUGAAUUUGGGCGUAAUUAGGGAUGUAAAUAACCAUCCUACACCAAUGCAGUAGAAAGGUCACGGUAAUUAGGGGAAAAAAAUGUAUGAAAAUCACUUAUAGGACAUACUGGUAAUAUAAAACAAUAAAAUGAAAAACAGGCGAUAAAGGAUCAAGCUGGUACCACAUGAUAGGGUAUUCUUAUGCUGGCACACAAACUAGUUCAUUGCACGCCAUUCCAAAACACAAAACUUCAUGUGAGGAAAAAACGAUCUGAAUCAGUUGAACCAGGCAGUGGAGAUCCAGCUUUAAGAAAACUGAAACAGACUAGAGAAUUAUUCACAAUGCAUGUGGUGUCUUAAAAAAGGUUUUUUUUUCAACCGUUGGCCUGGACUAAUUCUUCCCCCAUUGACUUAAUUGAGGGUAACCUCUACAUUUCUCUGGCUGCUAUGGGCAAAUAUUUUUGCUUGUUUUAAAAUGUACACACAUGUACUGAAACAUAUUUAGACCAUAAUUAAGAAUAAAAUCCGCUAAGAUAAAAUGUGUGUCUUUUAAUGAUCCAAUGCAUAUCUGAUUUUGAAUUUUGUUGCUUGAACCAUGCCAAUCAAUCCAGCAAAAUGGUUAAAAAAAAAAGAGCAAACAAGAAAAACAUCUUCUGUCACCUCUCAAAUUGGCUACAAAUAAGCAAAAUAAAGUACGUCCAAACUGUGGGCAAUGUCUCAUUUUACAAAUAACUCUCUUAACUAAACAACACAAAUGUUAAUGGAUUACUAAAAGAAGAAGGACAAUAUCUGCCAUUAACGAGCAGCUAACGGGCCUUCACCUAACACAUUUGCCAGCUGAAUCUUUAACAGUUAUGAAACACCAACACACCAAAACAUCACACCCACUCUCAACGGUGUUAUUACAUCAGAAGUUCACCUGUAAAGAAUAACGGAAGGUUGUGGGGUUGAGAACCGUGUUGGCUCUUCGCUGUUACAAUACUGACAUCUGCUUUUGACACUUUAUAACUACAUAUACCUUCACACAACAAACAGUAAAGCAUACGAGACAAAUUUAAACACGUUUGAUUUUUGUUUAUUUUUUUAUUCUUUUUGUUAUUAUUUUGUUAUUAUGUGAAUUUAAUUUUUACUAUUUGUAAGGAAGAAUUAUUUCCAUGUUUGAGGGAAUAUUAUACACUGUACUAAACUGCACUGAAACUAUUACGCCGACAGUAUGUUAAGCAUGCGUUUCGGUUGAGUAUGUAUGACAAGACAUUUUAACAAUAAUACAUUUAAAUAACACAUCUUGCUUGAUUGAAAGUGAAAAUCGAUAUUGAUGGAAAUAAUUUUCAUUUUAUUGUGCCCUUGUAUUUUACUAAUCAAAUGUAUUUCACACUUAUACAAAAUUUCAGUGACGAAUAAAAUCUCAAAGUCAAAA